GGAGGAGUUUAAAAGAAUUUUAGAUUAUAGAGAUGAGCUCUUAAAGACUAAUCCAGGCAGCACAUGUGUGGUGAGACUUAGUGAAGAAACUUUUGAAGGUGACAGAAAAAUGUUUCAAUCAUUUUACAUAUGUUUUGAUGCUUUAAAGAAGGCAUUCAAAGCUGGAGCUAGAAGAUGUAUAGGAUUUGAUGGUUGCUUCUUGAAAGGUGUUUCUAGAGGUCAAUUACUUGUGGCUGUUUGUAAGGAUGGGAACAACCAAAUGCUACCACUAGCAUGGACAGUUGUUGAGGUUGAAAACACAUUCACUUGGAAAUGGUUUAUCAAGCUUGUAAGACAUGAUCUUGAGCUAGGAGAUGGAACAGAAUUGACAACCAUUACUGAUAUGCAGAAGGGUGUUGACAAAGCUAUUCAAGAUCUUCUGCCAAAUGCAGAACAAAGAAUGUGUGCAAGACAUGUUCUAGCCAACUGGUCUAAGAAUUGGAAAGGCAUUGAAAGAAGAAAUUGUUUUUGGAGAUGUGCCAAAUCUACAUAUGAACAAGAAUUGAAAAGAAAUUUGGAUCAUAUGGAGAAGUUAGGCACUGGAAUAUGUGAUGACUUAUUGUGGUACAAUAUAGAGAGGUGGUCUAAAUUAUACUUUAAGUUUUUUAGCUGUUGUGAUAGUGUUGACAACAACAUGGCUGAAAGCUUUAAUUCAUGGAUUUUGGGGCCAAGACACAAAACUAUCAUCACAAUGCUUGAAGAAAUAAGGAUCAAAGUGAUGAGAAGAAUAGGACAAUUGAGGGAGUUCUGUGAUACUUGGAUAACAAACAUAUCUCCAAUGGCCCUAAAGGUAUUGACAGAGAACACAACAAAGUCAAUGAAGCGUAACCUUGAAUGGAAUGGUGAAUAUGGUUUUGAGGUUAAAGAUAGCUGGGAUAACACAUUUGUUGUGAAUCUAGGCAAUCAAACAUGUACUUGUAGAUCUUGGAUGCUAAGAGGUAUACCUUGUUGUCAUGUUAUAGCUGCACUUCAUUUUAGAAAAUUGGAGCCCAUUAACUAUGUUGCACAUUGGUAUAGCAAUGAGACUUAUCUCAAGGAAGGCCUAGAAAGUGUAGGAGAAAGGAGCAGAAUGAAAACAAAACAGGAAAAUUGUCCAAGAGAGGUGUUGAGAUGA